AUGGGUUCUGACUCCUACACAAAGUACCUACUGAAAGGAGAGUUUAAAGAUCGUGUUGAAUUAAUUCAUUCCCAUGGCAAGGCAGAAUGGACUCACAAUGGGACAUUAUCUCUACAGGACAAGAAAGACACAAACAUCUUCACUGUGACCAUACAUAACCUGACAUUGAAGGACAUAGGGAUAUAUAUGUGUGCAGUUAACAUAUUUGGAACAUAUUAUUUAACCAAAGUGAAGCUAGUGGUCUUGAGCUGCGUGAAGUAUGAGGAGAUCACUGUGACAGGAUAUGAGGGAGCAAAUGCUGUCAUCAGCUGUCCAUAUCAGAAGGGUUAUGAGUCCUACCCAAAGUACCUAUUGAAAGGAGAGUGUAAAGAUGGUGUUGAAAUAAUUCGGUCCACAGAUGGGCAAGAAUGGACCCUCAAAGAGAAAUUCUCUCUGCAGGACAAGAACAACUUCACUGCGACCAUACGCAAUCUGACAGUAAAGGAUGCAGGUAUAUACGGGUGUGGGGUUGACAAACAAGGAACCUAUUUCUUCACCAGAACAAAGCUCAUAGUAGGGACCAGUACAACACCAGCAUCUGAGUUCGAAAAUACCACAGACUUUCUGGCUGACACCAGGUCAGCAUCAUCAGCUCAAAGACCAUCUACGCCUCAGUCUUCAACAGGAAAAUCAAAACCUAGUGCUGCUGACUCUAAGAAACCCAACACCACCCAAAGUGAUGCAGUCUACCAGAGCCUGAACCCCAACACCAUCCAACCUGAUGCAGUCUACCAAAGCCUGAACCCCAAUUCCACCCAAAGCGAUGCAGCCUACCAGAGCCUGAACCCCAAAAUGGAUGGCGGAGUUUGGCGUGGAUGAACUUGACUGGCCUGCAGAUUCCUUGACCUCAACCCAAUAGAGCACCCUUGGGAUGAA